CCUCUCUCUUCUUCACAAAAAAAACUCGCACAAAACACCAACGCCAACAACAACAAUAACAACACACACUCCUCUCUUCUUCCUCCUCUCAGACUCUACUCCACAACAAGAAGAGGAGGAGGAGAAGAAAUCUGUGCCUAUAUAUCUAGGCGUCGAGGCGCAUACACACUUGUAACUUGUAAGCAUCUAUCUACCAGCAUGGGAAGGUCCCCGUGCUGCGAGCAAGCUCACACCAACAAGGGCGCCUGGACCAAGGAGGAGGACCAGCGGCUCAUCGCCUACAUCAAAGCCCAUGGCGAGGGCUGCUGGAGAUCGCUUCCCAAAGCCGCAGGGUUGCUGAGGUGCGGGAAGAGCUGCCGGCUGCGGUGGAUCAACUACCUGAGGCCGGACCUGAAGCGCGGCAACUUCACUGAGGAGGAAGACGAGCUCAUCAUCAAGUUCCACGAGCUGUUCGGAAACAAGUGGUCGCUGAUCGCCGGGAGGCUGCCGGGGAGGACUGACAACGAAAUCAAGAACUACUGGAAUACUCACAUCAAGCGGAAGCUCCUCGCCCGCGGCAUCGACCCGCAGACCCACCGGCCGCUCAAUGCCGCACCCGCCACCGCUCCGGCACAGCAGCAGCAGCAGUACCAGCUGCAGGCGCAACGGCACUUGGCCGCUGCUCCAGGCCAUCACCACCAGCAGCAGGAUCACUUUGCCGGAGUUCUGUCUAACUCGCCGGAGGCGUGCAGCCACAGCAGCGACGACGAGCACCGGUCCUCCACGCCGCCGCCGCCGCGGCACCUCGACAUCGACCUCAACCUGUCCAUCAGCCUAGCGCCCUACCAGCCGCCGUCCGAGGAGCCCAACAAGCCACCGAAGCAAGAAGCGGCGGCGACCGCAGCAGGCAACAAUGUGACGGUAUGCUUAUGCUUGAACAGCCUCGGGUACCGGCCGGGCGUCGAGUGCGUCUGCGGCGGCGGCGGCGCCUCCUCCAGGCAGGAGCAAUGGGCUCGCAGCUUUUUGCAAGCAGCGCCCUGCUAUAGAGGCUAAUAGUGUAAGAUUAGUGACAUAAGGUGAGGGAGGGGCAAUUAUAGUUUAACUAAAAUCCACACAUGCUUAGCUCUUUGUAACAUGGUUAUGAGGAAAUGUGGUCUUCUUUCGUCGUUUGCAUGCAGCCUCGGACAAAGUGAUCAUGCCUCUUCAUCAGAUCAUCUAGCUUGGGGACAGACGUGGCCUUGGGCCAGCUGCUACCAACUUCUUGUUUCUUGUCUUUUGACACUAAACUUGUAACUUCCCUACUUUUGAUGUGCAGUACCAUAGCUCAUGAUCUUUCAGCUA